GCGUCUGUGUCCCUCCGUGCUCCUUCUUCUCGUCCUCCUCACCUUUACCCCACGUUUCUUCGAUCUACCAUCUUCUUCCUCCCUCGGACUCUUCUUUUCGUCCCUUUUCCUAUCUUCCUCUCCUGUCUCGUUUGACCUUCUUUUUUUUUCUACCCGCUUUUCCUCGCCCUCUACCUGCUGCCCCCCUUCCGCCCGGGUUUGGUUGAUGGGUGUUAGUCUUGGACUGUGAUCGCCGUCUUGUCCAGUCGUCGUACCGUUGCACAGCUUCGUCACUCACAAUGUCAAAUCGCCAACAGAUUGACUCCGUCAUCGAUGAUGACGACGAGUUCUGCCCCCUUUGCAUCGAAGAAUUUGAUCUUUCGGAUAAGAACUUCAAGCCUUGCCCCUGUGGGUAUCAGAUUUGUCAAUUCUGCUACAACAACAUCAAAACCCACAGCGAAGAAGGCCGGUGCCCCAACUGCCGACGGGUCUACGAUGAGAGCACCAUACAAUACAAGGUUCCCGAUGCCGACGAAUUCAAAGCCGACCUGGCCUUGAAACACCGCAAGGCUGCCGCCGCGAAGAAGAAGGAGGCCGAGAAACGUGAAAUCGAGGCUUCCAGUCGCAAGAAUCUUGCCGGUGUCCGCGUCGUGCAGAAGAACCUGGUUUACGUGAUCGGUCUCAACCCCACGAUACGUGACGAGAAUCAACUCCUCCUGACUUUGCGCGGUCGAGACUACUUCGGUCAAUACGGCGACAUCGAGAAGAUCGUCGUGAGCAAGGCAAAGCCUGGUGGCAACCCGAACCAGGGCAUUGGUGUCUACGUCACGUACGCAAGGAAGGCCGACGCAGCCACUUGCAUAGCAGCUGUGGAUGGGUCAGCCAACGGUGACCGGGUGCUACGUGCCCAAUAUGGUACGACCAAGUAUUGUUCUUCCUUCCUGCGUAACGAGCAAUGUCAUAAUCGAAACUGCACCUUCCUGCAUGAGACUGGUGAGGACAGCGACAGUUACAGCCGGCAGGAUCUCUCUUCGAUGAACACCUUGUCGAGUCAGCGUAUCAACGGUGCCCCCAGCGGUCCCACCCACUCGAUCCCUCCGCACGUUGCCCGGUCCUCCGCUCAACCGAUUUCGCAACCUAUGCGCCGUCAGCCUAGUAGAGAUGACGCUGCUGGUAGCCGGCCACCUGAUGGGUCUGCCCUGCCAUCGUCGGCAAGUUGGGCGAACAAGGACGCCGUGCUGAGCAGGACGAGACGAGCAAGUUUGACCGGCAGCCAAGCCUCGCAAAGUCCCCGACCCGCCAUCGCCACGGUGUCGCCCGCGGUGGAGGAGGCGAAACGCGUGGAGAAGCAGUCUACAGAUGCGCAGGAGCGUGCUCAGGCUCAGGCUCAGGCCCAGGCUCAGGCCCAGGCUCAGGCUCAGGCUCAGGCCCAGGCGCAGGCGCAACCGUCCCCCUCUUCUGAAGCACGAUCCUCGCCGUCCAGUUCCCCCCCGACUGUCCAGACGCCACCUAAGCCGGAGACGCCUCUGUUGGAUAACUUGGUCAAGGCUGUCAACUCCCCAGACUUCAAAUUCAUUUUCUCGGCGGCUGGUCUGCCUGCGGAGGAGGUUGCCCUUAUUGAGAACCACCCUUCGUUCAUCGAUCCCUAUGGUGGUGUGAAACGCCGAGCUAUGCGUGAGAAGGCGGAGCAGGAACGUGUCCGGCGAGAGCAGGAACUACUGCAGUCUGCUGCUGCGGAAGAAGAGAGCCGUGAGAGCGGAAGCCUGCAGCUUGGUGGCGAGCCGGAUGACGCAGUGCCUCCGAGAGGCCGUAGUGGUCGCGAAUCUCAUGGUGCUAUUCAACCUCCCUCCCAGCAGGGCACGACGACAAACUCCGCGGUUGGCUCCCCCGUCUCGGCAACCAGUCACCAGUUCCAGCAACUUAACCUGGCAGGCCGUAGCUUGACCCCUCUGCAGCAACAGCAGUUGCUUCUCUUGAAGUCUGCCGGCAACCAACAGGCUGGCCUGGUUGAUCAGCUGCAGGGUGGACUCAACUCCGCUGCUCUUGACCAAGCAGCCCAGGUCCGUCAGGGUCUACUCCAGAGCCAGAUGGCACAGUUCAAUGCUCUGCAGGCCCAAAGUCGCCAGAACUCUCGUUUCACCUUCGCCAAUGAGGCCAAUGCCAAGAACAUCCCUAAUGUCCGCAUGUUGAGCCAAAUGCAGGCUGGUACUCCUAACCCGCUCGCAGCCCCUAGUCCUCAGCAUGGUCUUGCUGGCAACUACUUCACUAGUGGCGUGCAGGGUCCACCCCCCGGGUUGAAGACGGCGGGUACUCCGCCUAUCAGCGGCGGCGGCAUGUUCGCCCAGGGUCACGGUUUCACAACGAAUGCCAAUGUCGGUUUGGGAUCCAACCUCGGAAAACAAGAAGCCAAUCCAGAGUUGAUGCGUGAGCUGCUGAGAGGCCGCAGUAGCGCAAAUGCCGGUGGUUUGCAGGGUCAAGAGGCCGCUAAGCGUGAGUUCAUGUUUCCUUUCCUCCAACAGCACCAAACUCCCCCUCCCCUGACUCCCGGCAAUGGCCUUCUCAGCUCUUUCUAUGGUGCUCAGGCGGGAAAUUAUUCCGAGUCUGGUCCACAGAAGCAGAAGAAGAAGGGGAAGAAGCACAGACACGCUAACACUUCCUCCGGUGGAGGCGGUGUAGUAGAUCUUGCGGACCCGAGCAUCCUACAGGCGAGGAUGCACCAGGUUGGUGCGAAUGCUGCCGCUGCUGCUGCUGCUGGGCAGGCGCUGUACGGGAGUCAGGGUCAAGUGGACGAAGAAUUCCCUCCUCUUGGAGCUCAGCCAAAGGACAAGCGUCCGGUUGACAGCUUUGGCUAUCUCGUGCGCUCGCAUUUCUCCAGUGACUCGCAAAGCUCGGCCCGUGCUGGAACCCCUACCCUGCCUCCGGGACUUCCUCUACCACACGCUCAUCCCGCAUCUGCCUUGUUUCAAAGUCCGCUCAAUCCAUCCAGUCCGGUCUCGUCGCCAUCUGUGCCGCCAGGUCUUAAUCCGCCUUUCCAUAGGCUAGGCACGCCGGGCCAAGGACUACAGGAAGGCUCUCGCCAGGCCUCUCCGGACUUGAAGGACACUCCUGACAAUGCUCCUACCUCAAGUCGCGUCAAGAAUGCGUCCGAAAUAUCACUCGGUUCUCCUGUGCCAAAGUCAGCCAACAAGGCUCGCGCCCAGCAGAAAGGAGAUUUGACGGUCGCUGCUGACAAGAAAGCUGGCUCUUCGAAGGCUGGAGACAACAAUGAGAAAACCUCGGCGCCUACGGGCAAAGUUAAGCCCAUAAAGCUGGAGCUUCCCUUGGGUACUUCUCAAUCUCAUGAUGCUCCAAAGCCCGAUACACCAAGUCAAUCUCAUGCUCAUGGCCCGGUGCCCACUUCGACGAUUGGUUCCCGUCCGAAUACACCUUUGACUGGGGUCUCCCGUGUUUCCGACUCGUCCGCUCCCCGCCAACCUCGAGUUCUCCGUGUGGUUGACACGCCGAAGACUGAAACUCCGCCGCCCCCAUCUGCCACCCAGUCUGUCGCGUCCAUACCUGCUGCAGCAAAAGCGCGUUCCAGACGGCCAAGUAUCUCGUCGCUCAGCAGGCCCGAUACGCCCGGCGACCUGGGUUCGGAAGCCGAUCUUUACACUUCGGCAUCCGUGUCCCGUGCUAACUCUCCUCCGGCUUCGUCCAGAAUUGGCUCUGCACCUGUCCGGGCGAUGACCAAGAGCCAGGCUAAGAAGGAACGGCGACAGAAGGCCAAGGAACUGGAAGCCAAGAAACAAGAGGCCACUGCCGUCGUUGAGGAACCAGUGCAGGCCCCGAUCAUCGGUCGAAAGCGCAAGACCAAGAAGACUCCUGUUAGCUCGAACGACUCGCCUGCUACAGCUCCGGAUAAUACUGAGACUGGAAAGUCUGCCAACUCCGCAGGCUCCGAUAGCAAUGAGAAGACUGGCCAGCGGACAGAAGCGGCCAAGAAGAACAAAUCGAAUGAGAAGGCUACGAAGGACUCCAAGGCAACUGUUACCGAGGAGAAAGCUACGGCUGAACAGAAGGCACCUGCUGAAGCAUGGCGUUCUAAGAACACGGUCGAGCAGCUGAUGAAGGACGCCGAAUCCAGCGGGGUCCCGGUCAAGGAGCUCUUCGCGGAACGUACGUCUCCGUUGCAGGUGCUUCUUGCUCAGCUUCACAAGUCUGCUGAAUUAGAUCUGAACAAUCAUCCCCUUUUCAAUCCAGCCAACCUAAACCAGCGCUUCGACAUGAAGUGCACUGCGGAUGAUUACGACAUUCUCAAACAGCCCAUCGAGUUGACCGACGAGCAUCGCAAAGCAUUGAUGCGCGGAGAAGCCAUCCGUGUUAACUCGGAUUCGAACAUGCUGAAAGACCGAUGCUUGAUCAGUCCCCGUGGGUGCGUCCUACACCAUCUGUCGCCAGAGGAAGAAGAGCGGUACCUCGCGCUUGAGAAGAACAUUGCCUGGGCAAUUGAUACCUUCCAGGAGUACUCGAACGUGCCAAUUACGGAACCAGAUGUGACCAAUCGUGGUGGUGGCUUGGACGCACUGUUUGCUACCCCUGAGAACUUCAACAUCUGCUGGGUCGACGAGACCUCGGCUGGCCUCACCUCUGGCUCUCCUACUGCCGGGAUGUCCCUCUCUGACGCGAGUGGCUCCACUAUUCCCGCGCCUCCCAACGUUUUGUCGGCCAUGGAGGCGGACAGCACUCGCAGCCAUAACUGGGCCAUUGCCAACACCGCCGAGCUGGUCAAUGCCACUGCCACCUCUGUACGAUCCUUCGCUGCCGCUACUGCCAAGCACAUGCUCGGUGCGGCGGGGGUGGUCAUGGGCAACAUCCCAGACCUGGACGAUGUGGUUGGAAUGACCAAUGAGGAGCUGCGGUCGUUCGCGGUCAAGUCGCAGAAGGAUCUCGAAUCGUCUCGCAAGGAGCUAGACACGAUCGACAAGAAGCUCAACGCUCUAGUGAAGCGGAACCGCAAGCUUGCACAGCAGGCUCUUGCGACUACCGUUGACGCGUGAACCCCCGUUCUGUCCCUAUGACGACUGUAUUUUAGUAGAUCUCUUUCAGCAUGUUUCCUGCUUUCUUUUUAUGCUGGCUUACUACUACCCCUGUAUUCUGAGCCUGGUCUCUGUUCAUGCUGUAUGAUGCUUGUCUCCGUUAUUAGACUUUACAGGGGAAUACUCACGAAUCAAUGAUAAUACAUUAGACUAUACAGAUCUUCAAUUAUAUACU